GGUAUACGUACAGACGGUUUAAUUUCUCCGCCUUCAGAUCUAUCCGCGCUUAUUGCGUGCCUAACAUUGUUUUGGUACAGUCUGAAGAUAAGGUUUGUCACGAGGGCUUGGUUACGAAGUAUCUUCUCUCAUUUUCAAACAAAAAGAGUAUGGAAAACCAACAACCAAAGACAAAUUUUAGAAAUCUAGAUGUGUCCAUGACCAAAGCAAUUGGAGAG